AUGGCUUCGUUGCCGGAUCUCCGACUUCCACCCCAAUCAGACCCAUCACCCUUCCACAAGGGAGCACGCGGCUGCAUCGCAGACCCCGGCGAACCCCCGGAGCCGUCGCCCCUCGUGCGGCUCCUCCGGGCAAUCGAUCGACAUCUGCUGACCCCUGGGGAGGUCAGAAGAAAGCUUGCCAGCGAGAGACCCAUGGAGGCUGCUCUUGUCACCGUUUCCACGGGGGUGAUGAAGCCCCUCCUGUCCAAGCUCUUCAAGCUGCCGCUGGACGAGCACCGGAAGCUCCAAGGCGUCCGCCGUGACGCCAAGUUCAUAGGAGACGAGCUUCGCAGCAUGAAGGCUGCACUGGAGGUGCUUGCGGAUGAAGAACAACUCGAACCUGCGAUGAGAAUUUGGCGGGAUGAUGUCCGUGAGCUUUCUUAUGACAUGGAAGAUUGCAUUGAUGUCUUUGUGGCUCAUGUCGACCAUGAGCCCGAUGGGCGUACCAUGCUCAAGAAGUUCGUUGACAUGUUGAAGAAGCCCAAACAUCGCCAUCAGGCUGCUAGUGAGAUAGGUAAACUCAAGGCCCGUGUGGCUGAGGCAAGCGAGAGGCACAAGAGGUAUAAUAUUAUCCGGCCAACACCUUGCAUUAGCUCUUGUGCCAUUGACCCCCGGCUGCCGGCGCUUUACGCGGAGGUUGAUGAACUUGUCGGCAUUGAUGGUCCUAAGGACGAUAUCAUCGACUGGUUUCAGUGGGAGGCUACUUCUACGCAGCCUCAAGUGCUGUCUAUUGUUGGUUCUGGCGGUCUUGCUUUUGUGUCGGUUUCUCGAAAUCCUGAUAUGAGAAAGAUUCUAAGAGAUAUUGCUCAAGGAGUGGGGUUCACAGACAGCCCACCGGAUGAUGAUGUGCAACAAUUGAUCAGUAAACUCAGGCAACAUCUUAAAAACGAAAGGUACUUUGUUGUAAUUGAUGAUGUGUGGAGCGCGGACGUAUGGGAAACUAUCAGGCUUGUAUUAUUGAAUAAUAAUAACCAUGGGAGUAGAAUUAUUACUACAACACGUAAUACUGAAGUUGCAUCAUGUUGUUCUUCAGGUGGUGGUCAUGUUUAUAAAAUGGAACCCCUUACGUUUGAUGACUCCAAAAGGUUGUUUUUUAGAAGAACAUUUGGUCCUGAGGAUUUAUGCCAUCCUCAUCUGGAAAAAGUCUCUAAUGACAUAUUAAGAAAAUGUUCUGGCCUACCAUUGGCUAUUAUUACUGUGUCUAGUUUGUUGGCUGAUCAGCAUGCAGAAGAUGAAUGGAAGAGGGUGUUAGCUGCUAUUGGUUCUGCACUUGCAAAGGAUUCUGGUGCUGAUAAGAUGACAAAGAUAUUAUCUUUCAGCUACUUUGAUCUUCCUCACCAUCUGAGAGCCUGUUUGUUGUACUUGAGUAUAUUUCCAGAAGAUUCUACUAUCUGGAAACAACAUUUGAUACAUAUGUGGGUCGCUGAAGGAUUCAUUCAUGAAAAACAAGGGCGAAGUCGAUAUGAAAUAGGUGAGAGUUAUUUUAACGAGCUCAUUAAUAGAAGCUUGAUCCAACCGGUUGGUGCAACAUUGGGCCAGGUAGAGUCAUGCCAAGUCCAUGAUAUAGUUCUGGAUUUUAUCACAUGCAUAGCUGCUGAAGUGAAUUUUGUCACUAAAUUCAGUGAUGUAGAGCAUGGACACAAUUCAUAUGACAGAGUCCGCAGGCUCAUUAUAGGGAAUACCAGUAAUGAAAAGGUUGCCAUAUCAACAAGCCCGAUCCUCUCUCAUGUUCGGUCGCUCAUUAUAUAUGCGCAUGACCCUCAAGUUUCUUUAUUGGCUUUCCCAGUUCUUCGUGUCUUGGACCUAGGAAAGUGCUGGUGGUUAGAAGAGCACCAUGUUGCAAAUAUUGAAAAGCUACUUCUUCUGAAGUAUCUGAGUCUUGCAAAUGUUACGCUCCUCCCCCCAAAAAUUGGAGAACUGCAGUAUUUGGAAACACUGGACAUAACAAAUACCAGAAUUCUAGAAAUGCCAUUGGCUGUUACAAGCCUCCAAUGGCUGGCCAGUCUAAAUGUUCAUUACCACAUUAGAUUUACGGAUGGAAUGAUUGGUAAGAUGCAAAGCUUGGAAGAGCUAGAGACGUUCGGUGUCCACUCCUAUGAACAAGGGAAGCCACUAGAAGAAUUCAGCCAGCUAACCAAGAUGUGGAGGUUGAAAGUACAGCUGGGGAUGUUUGAAUUGUGGGAAGGACCAGGUCAAAUUGAGGACCUUCACGGUUACUUGGGAACAUUAGUAUCUUCAUGCAACCUUCGUCAUCUAAAUAUAUCCAAGCUAAGCUCGAACUUCUUAGCUGUCAAAACUUACUUUCCACUGUCACUGGACUCAUGGUGUCCGACUACUCCCUGCAGCCUUCAGGAGCUUCACAUAACAUACUGUUUCAUUGACAAGGUUCCAAACUGGAUGAGCUUGCUCUGCAAUCUUAGAGAAUUAGAAAUCUAUGUCGCCAGUGUGAGGCCAGAAGAUGUUAGGAUCCUUGGGUCAAUACCAACUUUGCUUAUCCUCAAACUAAAGACUUUCAAUGGCACCGAUGGAAGAAUUCUCAUUCAUGGGUUCAGCAAUUUGAAAUAUUUCCAUUUGGAACUCCUUUAUUGUGGGACCUCACUGGAGUUUGAAGAGGGAUCAAUGCCAAGGCUUGAGCACCUGGAGCUGGAGUUCCGUGUGCAUCAGAUGGAUUGCCUGAAUGGUUCUCCCAAUUUCGGUAUCCAACACCUCUCUGCCCUCCGCAAAGUUGAGGUCUGUAUUUUGUGCAACUUUGGCAAUAGAGACAAUCCGUUGGCAGGUUUAGAAUGCUGCUUUGGCAAAUUCAUUGGAAUGAUUAUUGAAGCUGACAUCGAGGCGCUUCCCAAUUGUUCCAGUUUCCUUUUACAAUAUGGAAAUGUACCAUUCGGAAACGUGGCCUGCGAACAUUACACAAAAAUUGUGGAGACAGACUGUGAGAAGGAAGAUGAAGCAGGACGAGGCAAAGUUGGAAGUGCAGGAGCACCCCACUGGCAUAUGGGGGUCAUCGAAGAGGACAAGGAGAAUGCGAUCUCAGGGGCCUUCUUGAGGGUUAUUGGAGAGAGUUUGAUCACCUUCUUUCCGAGCCCCAAGUGGCGAGUUUGGUGGCUCCGCCUGGUUGGUUUUUGCUGUAGCCGCCUCAGCUCUGGUAUGCAGGUUAUGACAAGGGCUACAUAA